CAGCAGCUACCAAUAAUAACUAAUAUAUAUCCCGCCCAACAUGACAAGCUCCCCUCCCAGCUCCUCCGCCUUCCCCACACCCCACACCAUCCUCCCCGCCCCUCCUCACACUCACACCAACACCCUGAUUCUCCUCCACGGUACAUCCGCCAACGGUCCCUCCCUCAGCGCAUCCCUCCAAAAUCCCAAUCCGCCCUCUCCCACCCCCUUCCUCCCCUCCCACCCAACCACCAAACUCCUCUUUCCUACCGGCCGUCCCCAUCCCACAACCGUAUUCCAAGGGCGCGAGACCAACGCUUGGUUCGACAUCCACUCGUUCCAGGACCGGACGCUCGGGGAUGACAGCCUCGUCUUCCGCACGGGGAUGCGCGACAGCGUGCGCUAUCUCGCGCGGCUGAUUAAAUCAGAGAUUGAGGGCUUGGACGGCGCGGGGAGGCUGGUGUUGGGCGGGUUUAGUCAGGGGUGUGCGCUGGGAGUGGUGGUGUUGUUGAGUGGGGAGUUGGAGAGGUGUGGGGUUACGGAGAAGGGGUUUGGGGGGUUCGUGGGGUUGAGUGGAUGGUUGCCUUUGUGGGCUCAUGUGGCACCGCUUUUGGAGACGCAGGAGGGGGGAGGAGUGGCAGAGGGGCGGGUGAAGGUGAGGCGGUUUUUGAGGAGGUAUUUAGGCUUGGAUGAGGAUGAGGAUGGGAAUGGAGAGGGGGUGGAGCUGGGGGUUGGAGAGAGGGAUGAGCUGGGGACAAAGUGGCUUGAUGUACCGGUCUUCUUGGGUCAUGGGUUGGAAGAUGAGAAGGUUAAGUAUGAAUGGGGACAGCAGAUGGCGGACGUGCUUCUGGCAUUGGAAAUGAAUGUGCAGCGCAAGGCGUACGCGGGUCUGGCUCACUGGUGGUGCGCAGAGGAGAUGGGUGAUAUUGACGAGUUUCUGAAGGGAGUGUUUGGCAAGGAGAGGUAAGAAAGGACGUAGGGUAAAGGCUUUGCUGUUGCAAGGUGGUUGGGGACUGAGCUUGGAGAUGGCCUGAAAUAUAGGCCUGCUAGGACAUGGACUCCACUCGGAUAUAUAUAAAGCGUUCACUUGGAAUAAUGUCUGGAAAACCACCUAGUUGACCCCAGAAGACGCACCACGUCUUGCAGAGCAGUAAUACCAUAUGCUCAGCUGACUAGAAAGCCAAACGCCUGUU